AUGUUUAUGAACACGGGGGUUUUUUCUCCAACAUGGCAACAGCGGCAAUGUUAAGUUUCGUUUUCCAAUCAUCAAGAGUCGUGACCUAUCUGGAAAGUAAACAUCGUCGUCGUGGCUUGUUUCCACUCGGGAGAAGAAGCAGUGGUGUCGACCUGGUCCUGACACGAUGUCCACGAUGAUGACUUCUGAAUCUGUAGUGAAACUGAUAUGUGCGAAUGACGGCGUUAUGCUUUAUGAUGACUUGAUUUCCGGCUUUAGAAACGAUUUCUACAUCGACAACGUUCUUGAAGGAAACGAAUCUCUCGCGACGGUUUUAGUAAACGGACAGAAAAUGAUCAUGGCCAAAACCGGAGUGAAGCUGUGCAGGGCGAAGAACUGUAACGGGUGUAUGAAUUUACACCUGUGCAAGUUUUUCCUAUUGGGUGACUGUCAGUACGGAAGAGGAAGACGAGGAUGCCGUUUUAGUCAUGACCUGCAGACGGAGCAAAACGCCAGAGUCCUUCAGAUACAUGGCCUGAGUCAGCUGGACAGGAGAGAGCUCUGUGUCUUACUACUCCAGAGUGACAACAGCAUCCUACCUCCAGUGUGCCAUUCUUACAACAAUGGCACGGGCCUGUAUGGGCGAUGCGAGGAUGGUGACAACUGCAAGCGGCUGCACAUUUGCGAGAAGUACCUGAGAGGCCCAUGUCAGUGUCCACGAGCACAUGAUUUCUAUGAGCCCCAUCCUCUGAAAACGUUGCAGGACAGAGGUGUUCCCGCUGAGCUCAUGACAUCCAUGAAGACCACAUAUUCGAACAUCGAGGCCUUACGGUUAAUGGCUAAAGUCAGAUCACCUCAAAAUGGUGGCAGAGUUCAAGAGAACAGUGGCCAGAGACCCACCAGAAAUGGCAACUGGCAGAAACAGACAUCGGCUGAUGCUAAUGCUACAGGUAGUGGAGGUCCCAGGACCAACAGAGGCUCAACUCCCAAGAAUUCGCAAUACUCUCAAGAGAAAAAGGAGAUCUGUCUGUUCUUUGUCAAAGGACACUGCAGAAACGGAGAUAAAUGUUUUAGGGAGCACUCCAAAGUACCCUAUAAAUGGGAGGUGAAGGAGGAACUCGGCUGGGUAGCUCUUGAUGACAAUGAGGGCAUAGAGAAAGAUUACUGCGACCCAGCUAAAACACACAGCUCUGGAGUCUGCUUCGAUACGAUGACCCGUGGCUAUAGCAUCGUGCGCCGUCUCUCGACGGUGUCCUCAGCGAUCCAACCCAACUACAUCCUCACCACCAAUUGGGCGUGGCACUGGGAGGAUGAGUACGGCAACUGGAUCCAGUAUGCAUCGUCAGGCGGAGGUCACAACACAGCUUCCAUCACCAGCGAGGACUUGGAGCAGAAAUUUUCUCAGGACAACAAAGCAGAGGUGGAGUUCAUGGCUGGCUCACAGGUGUACACACUCAGCUUCCAAGAUAUGAUACAGACAAACAAGCGCUACGGGACCAAAAAGCUUGUGAGGCGUCGACCUGUGUUUGUGUCGGCAGCAGAUGUUCAAAUAAUCAGAACAACCAAACCGGCUCCCAGCAUCCAGAUGAAAACACUGCCGAGCCACUGGAACAGAGCGCUGACACCCGAGAUCGGUUACAAGAGAUUAAAGCUGCAGAGCGAUUCAAGUGAGUACAGUGCAAUCGAGCGCCUUUUCAACGCCACUAUGCAUGGUUUCAGCAUUCAACAGAUCGAGCGGAUACAAAACCGGGCCCUUUGGGAAGUGUUUCAGUGGCAGAAAGAUCAUAUGAAAAAGAACAACCCAGGGAAGAACGUUGCAGAGAAACAGCUGUUUCAUGGGACGGACUCUAAACACACAGAAGCCAUCUGCCACAAUAACUUUGACUGGAGAAUCUGUGGCACUCACGGCACAGCCUAUGGGAAAGGGAGUUACUUUGCCAGGGACGCCAAGUACUCCCACAACUACACCGGAGACUCCACAUCUCGCUGCAUGUUCGUUUGCCGUGUCCUAGUGGGUGACUACACCGCCGGCCACUCCAGCUACACUCGCCCCCCGUCCAAAGAUGGAGGAGACACCGUCUUUUACGACAGCUGCGUGGAUGAUGUCCACAACCCGUCCAUAUUCGUAGUGUUUGAGAAGCAUCAGAUCUAUCCAGAGUAUCUCAUUAUGUAUAGAGAGACGAGUCAGUCAUCAUCCCCAUAUUACAGGUCAAAUCCUUCUGUAAACAGAGCGGCUUUCGCUGCUUCAACUUCGACAUAUCAACCCAGCCCUGCUCCUAGAGUUCAGGCAGCAACUCCAGUAUAUCGACCCCGACCUGCUACGUCGUCAUAUUCUUCAUCAUAUUCAUACUCCACUCCUUCCACCCCUCAGCCAUCCAAAACAGACGCCUCCUGCGUUAUCUGCUGAGGACAUGGCAAAGAUGAGAUUAAAUGUGAACUUACAGGCCUGUGUUCUGCAGAGUGUCCCAAAAGUCUCCAUACAUAGGGGAAAUGAACCCUUUUUAGCAAAAUGUCCUCCAAAAUUACUUCCAUAAUUAGUUUGUGUUAUUUAUAUA